AUGGAGUACCGGCACUGCAGACGCCUGGUUCUGAUCGUGAUCGUAAGUACUCUAAGUCGAACUUUUGCAAGUAACCACCUUACAAACAAACAGACCAGUUAUAUGUCUAAGUCAUCUGGUCGUAAUACUGAGAAUGCGGUUUUAAAAGAAAACUUGAAUCGCGAACAAACGGGAAAGUUUAGAGUUUUUGAUUCGAAGGAGUCAAACAGCACAUAUAGAGGAACAACGAAGGAUAUUGUUUUGAACGACGAAGAUAGCAAUGACGCGUCAGGGGACGAGGCAGACAUACAGACCGCCGCUUCUGGAUUCGACUUGGCGAGCCAUACUUUGAAGGAAAUCAUUCAUAAGGUUCACAGAAUCGAGCAAUUAGAGGAAUCCCAGGAGAAAAAACUGGACAAUAUUUUUGCGUUUCUGGCCCAAUUGGACCUCGCCCUGUCGGACAUACGGGAUCAAAUUUCUGAUUUGCCUCUGGAUGUCAUGCAGAUUCUCAACGCCAAAAAUAUCAUCAAUACUGCUAUCGUGUCAGUCCCUGUUGACAACAAGAGGCAAGAGCUGAGACGUCCACGAACUCAGAGUGUCCUACAGCUACAACAGACGUCUUCUGAAACUAAAGCCAAGUUUGGUGUUGUUCCUGCUUUGUCUGAAAGUGAAAAGCUCUCAAAUGUUGAUGUGUCAAUAACGACAACAGCAGCAUCAGCCACGUCAACAGAGACUAGCCCGUCACCCGCAGUGAAGUACAGGUCGUCAAUUUAUCAUCUUUUGCGACAAAAAGAAACAGAAAGACUACAACACAAAGAUGAAAAUCGUCGUCAACCGCACGAAGUAGUAGAGCAACAGCAACAGCAGAAACACCAACAUAAACAGCUGCGCAAUUUAGUUCGAAAUUCCCCUGUUGACCAAUUGGGAAGUGGGUCUAGUAGCACGAGACAUGGGCACCGGACAUAUACCUCCCCCAUAGCCACUGGCACCCGAAGAGCACAGAGACGCCGGCUCAUCACCAAAUUCGGAUCACGUGAGGCAGCAUCCACGCUGAGGUCCCGAGAGGAAAAACACCUUUCAGAAUGCCCCAAAGGAUACGACCUCCGCUACGGUAAGAGCUGCUACUACGUCAGCCCCCGCUACUCGUACACCUUUGCGUGGGAACAGGCGCGUGCGCAGUGUACGGCUCUUGAGGGGAGUCUGCUUUCAGUGGAAACAUGGGACGAACACCAGUUUCUGAAAACGCACUUGAAAGAUCGUGAACGGUACGGCUAUGUAUGGUGGACAAGCGGAAAAUACUGGCCACCAACACAACUGUUCAUCUGGACAGCCAACGCCAACAGAGUGACCUACGCCGACUGGGCACAGAACGAGCCGAAGGUGCGAGAAAAUCGCUGUAUUACGAUGUGGAGCGGGCUCCGGUUUAAGUUCUAUACAACCCCGUGUGACGUACUAAUUGCUACGGCGUUUAUAUGCGAGGUGCAUCUAAAUUGAUGAUGUUAAAGGUUUCCCCAAAAUCACAGCGCUACGUGGGCAUCAGAAUCACUGAUGGCAAAUCCUCGCCUUCUUCACACCCAUGAACUAUAGACAGCUGACUUAAGACUACUUGCACUAGACAUCUGUGCAGGAGAGUCCACAUAUUUUAUUCAGUCAUGUUGACAGUUCUUUUUCUUUUUGCAGUAAAUAUUGUGUUCAAACUGAUCUUUUUAACUACAUUUAACACCUGCCGUUGUGUUUAGUUCUAUUUAUAAUCAAUUACUUCAAUCACCUUACGGUUUUCUUCAAUAAUAAGUAAAUGAUUAAAUGUUCUUAUUCAUUUA